ACACGGUGUAGGAAACAUCAAACAUGGAUGAUCACAGGCAAAGUCUUGGAGCGUGUAUGCCAAAAUCACACCAACUCCAAGGUAUAUCUUACCAUCCGUUCAUAUUUACCAAAAAGGGCAGAAAACCAAAUAAGUCGGUCUUAUUUUCUUUCUAACAUAACUUCAUCAAACACCCAUUCACUCUUCGUUUUUACGAUUUAUCAACGUUUCUUGAUUGAUUCUUCCGGUCACCCAUCCACCAUCCUUUUCUCAGAUAUUGUGUUUGUAAUAUCAUGGCAACAGCAACUAUGGCGACCGCAGCGGGUGCUGCUGCUCUGUUGUAUUAUACUUUAAAUAAGAAACUGCAAACAGAUGUUACAGCUGCAGAUGGUGAAGAAAACGAUAAUCUUGUGCAAAAUCAUGGUCCUUUGGGAGUUGAACGAGUUUCGAGUAGGUUAAUUCAGGCUCCCGCGACAUGGUUGGAAACUAUAUCAACGUUGUCGGAGACUCUUCGCUUUACGUAUUCAGAAACUUUGGGGAAGUGGCCUAUUGGAGACUUGGCUUUUGGAAUUAGUUAUUUGUUAAAACGGCAGGGGAAUUUGCAUGUUAGUAGUGUGUUUGGGAGUAAAGAGAGCCUGCAGCUUGCGGGACCCGAAAUAGUUUCUGAGCUUAGGUAUCUGUUGGACUUGCUGACUCUUUGCUGGCAUUUUUCUAAAAAGACGUUUCCUGUAUUUUUAGAAGAAACCGGUUUUUCAACUGAAGACGUUCUUAUUCAGGAACCUAAAGCUGGAAUAUUGAAACCAGCUUUUACAAUAUUAGUGAACCACAAGACAAAAACCUUUCUUUUAUUGAUUCGUGGAACCCAUAGCAUAAAGGACACUCUAACUGCUGCAACUGGAGCAGUUGUACCAUUUCACCAUACGGUUGUUCAUGAGGGUGGAGUUAGUGAUGUAAUUCUAGGUUAUGCUCACUGUGGAAUGGUUGCAGCUGCCCGAUGGAUUGCCAAGCUGGCAACUCCAGUUCUUCUAAAAGCAUUGCAAAAUCAUCCUGAUUAUAAGCUACAGAUAGUUGGACACUCUUUGGGUGGUGGAACUGCUGCGCUUUUAACUUAUGUGUUGCGGGAGCAGAAAGAAUUAUCUUCAACUACUUGUGUUACAUUUGCUCCAGGCGCUUGUAUGACUUGGGAGUUGGCGGAUUCUGGCAAUGAGUUUAUUACAUCUGUUAUAAACGGAGCUGAUUUGGUCCCUACAUUUUCAGCUGCUUCAGUGGAUGAUUUACGUGCAGAGGUUACAGCAUCAGCUUGGCUAAAUGAUCUCAGGACUCAGAUUGAACACACGAGGAUUCUUAAAACUGUUUAUCGGUCUGCAACAGCUUUGGGUUCUCGACUUCCAUCAAUUGCUAGUGCUAAAGCAAAAGUUGCUGGUGCUGGUCAAAUACUUCGUCCGGUUUCUAGUGGCACUCAGGUUGUGAUGAGGAGAGCCCAAAGCAUGGCUCAAGCUGCGUGGACUCGCCCAUCUAUCGACAUAGCAUCAUGGUCAUGCAUGGGACCCCGCCGCCGACCCGUGGUUGCAAGUUCGAAUUCUCCAGAAUCAUCAUCAUCUUCCAACAAUGCAACCGAAAGUAUCUCAACAGCUCUUGAAUUCCCUGUAUCUACUUCAUCAGAUGAAGCUACAACCGCAUGGCAUUCUGACGAGGCCAAUGCUGACGUGGCAAGCACUCAUGAAGACAGAAUGACCGAAUUUGAAUUAUGGGAACAACUUGAACACGAACUGUAUGACCAAAGUGAAGGCCAGGAGGAAGCUGACGUGGCAAAGGAAAUGAGGGAAGAAGAGGAAGCAGCUAUUGCCGAGGGUGGGAAAAACCCCACACCGGAAACGAAAGAGGCACACAGGUUUUUUCCAGCUGGUAAGAUUAUGCAUAUUGUCACAAUCCCUCAAGUUGCGGAGAGAGGAACCGAUGACGAGGCGUCUUCAAGUGAAAGUGAUGAUGAUGAGCGGGAUCGUGUGGUGGAAGACAAAGUAGGAUUGUUUUUAACACCGCGAUCGUUAUACAGUAAAAUCAGAUUAUCACGUAGUAUGAUUACCGAUCAUUUCAUGCCAGUUUAUAGAAGACAGAUUGAGAAACUGAUUAGGGAACUCGAGAAAGAUGAUACAUCGUUAAAGACAGGAGAAAUUGAAGUUGUGUUGUAGCAAUAUCAUCAUGACCUCGAGAAUGUUCUGUUUAUAAGGGAUUCAACGUUUUGUUGCUUUCAGCAUUUAUGUAGUAUUUUUAGUUUUAUUUGAUAGUUCUUUAUAAUUUAGCAAAA